CUCACCACAUCCAAUUCAAGAUUCACCCUCUCUCCCCGACUCCAAUUAACCUCUGCUGCAAUUGUGGGGUGAGAAUUGAGAAAGAAAGAUGGCAUCAGUUGCGAAGAAAGGAUUGCAGCAGUAUUUGGCGCAGCUCCAGCAACACCCUCUCCGAACCAAGAUGAUAACUGCGGGAGUGCUGUCGGCGACCAGUGAUAUUGUGGCCCAGAAACUCUCUGGCAUUCCCAAGCUUCAGCUCAAGCGACUUCUUCUUAAAGUGAUAUUCGGGUCAGCUUAUUUGGGGCCAUUAGGGCAUUAUUUCCACAUAUUGCUGGAUAAAAUUUUCAAAGGGAACAAGGACACCAAAACUGUAGCUAAGAAGGUGGUGCUGGAGCAACUUACAAUUUCACCUUGGAACAACCUGAUGUUUAUGAUUUACUACGGCUUAGUUAUCGAGGGGAGGUCCUGGUUCCAUACGAAAUCUAAAAUCAAGAAGGAAUAUCCGACUGUCCAGUAUACGUCGUGGACAUUCUGGCCUGUGGUUGGAUGGGUGAAUCAUCAGUAUGUGCCACUGCAGUUCCGUGUAAUUCUCCAGAGCGUCGUUGCUUGUUUCUGGGGAAUAUUUCUGAAUCUAAGAGCCAAGUCUCUUGCAAUUGCUAAACCUUGAGGAGAGGAGAGGAGAGGAGGAAGUUAUGUUGUUUGGUUUGGAAAUUGUCACCUUGUUUAGCAUGGUCUAUUAUUUCUGCAUUGAAAACUAUAAUAUGUAUUGUUUGAGCCAUGGUGUUUUAAAACUAAUUAAAAUUAUUCUUAUAUUAUGUUGAUUCGAUCGACUAUGAAAA